UCGCAUCGUGUGCCAUGGCAAUGGGGAAUCGCUAUCACGAUUGCUAUUCAGAUUGUUUCCAAAAUCGAUAUCGCGCCAGAGCGAGAGGUGCUGCGUUUCAUUUCAAAAUUGCGAAUCUGUGUAAUUUUUUUUUUUUUUUUUUUACAUAUGUUUAGCCAUUCCAUGUGAGAGAAAUUUAAUGUACAUCUGAAUUAAUAGUUCCGCUUCUUGUAACAUGAGCCGACAACGCUGUCAACACACACAUGCACUAUUGGCGCACUAUUGAUGCACCUGUGAGUUCGGUGUUUGUGGAAGUAUCACAAACAAACGCUGGCGCGAUCGUUCGACCGUAAAAUUGAAUUUUGCGCAUCGGCGGGAUUUCAUUUUAAUCUGAGUAUAUCUUUCACGCGAUUCUCUCACACGCGCAUUUACGUUGGUAACUCUGAUACGCCCGAGUCGACGCCCAAGCUCUGUGACGCGAUGAUAACAUCAUCGCGAUCGGCGAAAUUAAAGAACGUCACUUUACAUUCUCAUAUUAUCAAACUCUGAUUUCAGCAAUAAACAAUGGCGAUCGUGGAAUCUUGUUGGUCGCCGUGCAUCUGGUCGAACAGCAUUAAGACCGGCUGCAAAGCCAUAGCGUUUUACACGGUGGCAAUUAGUAUAGUGCUAAUUACGCUAGUAUGUUAUCAACUCGCUGGUGGCGAUUCCACGCAAAUAUACAAUCCGUUAUUCGAGGCUGAUGUAAGGGGAUCUAUGCAAGUUGUUGGAGGCUUCUUCAUCUUCUACCUGAUUUUGUUGAUCAUAUGUGCCUUGUUAAUGGUUUAUGGCAUAAAAGAAGGCGUACGUGGAUGGUUAUUACCAUGGCUUGUUGGAUGGUUCAUCGUUUGCUUGUUCCAAUUAGUCUUCGGCCUGUGGCUCUUAGGCGGCUAUUAUAUUUAUUUGGACUCUGUAUUCGCGACAUUAUGCAAUUGGCUUUGGAUGUCUUAUAACAUAUAUUGUUGGAUGGUCGUUUUGUCAAUGUACAAAGUAUUUGAAAAGCUGCAGUCUCCAAACAUAGAACUUUUAUGGCCUUGAAGGCAAGUGCAAUGUCAGAAAGCAAUACGUACACAUCUAUUGCUACCAAAGUAAGGGAGAGUCUCUAUUUCCAUUUACUCGUAAAAUUCUACGUAAGAACUUGUUAAAAAUAAAGUUCUUCAGUUGUUUCAAUACACAUACUCACAAACUCAUAAAGUUUCAAUGGAUGUCUAAGAAAGCAAAAUUAACAUUAACUUCUUCAUCGAUUCGAAUAAACUUUAACAUUGGUCUUAAGCCCGUAUCAGACUAGAGAUUAAAAUUGAAGAAUUGAAAUUAAAGUAAUCAAUUCGAAAAGAGAAAACUAAUUUCAAGUUUAAUAAACUUUAAAUUAUUUAAUUAAAUUUUAAUCAAAUCUCAAUUCCAAUCUCCAGUUUGAUUACGGCUUAGAAUAUUUUUGACAUGUGUACUUUUAAUACAAUAUUUCGACUUUUAUUUUUAUUUUUAUUUUUAAUAAUUUAAAAAAUCUUAGAAAAGAUUUUAGAUCGCUUCCAUUUGUCUUUUUUUGUAUAUUUUUGUAUUACAUUCAUAUAACGUUCAAUUAACGUUGAUAAUAUUGUAAUGCCUUUCUACUUACAUUUCAAUAAUGUACAAUUAGUUAAUCGAUGAGAAAGUAAUAUUUUUUAUUUUACGAUAAAAGACUGAGAGAGGCUUUUUAAAAAUGUCCGUCCAAAUCAUCAUAAACUUAGAAUCUCGUUGAAUAAAUAAAUCAAAAUAUUAAUAAUAGUAUCACGUUAGUUGAAAAUUUAUGUUAGGUCCUUUUACAUGGCCAUCGUUGUUCUGAGCAUUUUAUAGAGAUUAUACAAUUUUUCUACAAACUAUUUUUUCUACAUUAGUCUAAUAAUAUAUGUAUCAAUUUUUAAUUGAUGUAGAAAUAAGCAUCUAUUUAUAUUAUACAAGCAACUUAUAUUAAGAAUAAAUAAAUUUCAUUAUACAAUCUUUCAUAUUAUAAAUAUAAUAUAAUUUUACAUAGAAUUUUUCUAUUCUCCUUUCCUUAUAUACGAAUUACCUUACUUGCGCAACAUAAAAUAAUAAUACUUACAAAAAAUCUUUAACUGCAAA